AUGGGAGACGUAAUGUUACGUUGUCCUUUAUGCUGUAAAGAAACUUUUAAUUCUAAGCAUAAACUUACAGAACAUUUAGCGAAUGUCUUGUCAAAUUUAGUUUGCCCCAUUUGUGAUGAUAAAUGGUCCACUUUAGUCCAUCUUAUAGAACAUUUGAGUCUAGAUAAUUGUCAACAAGUAAAACCUAACCAAGCUUUUACCAGUAAAGAUGAUACAGAUACUAAAAUACUUCAAAAUAAACAACAUUUGAAUUCUGAACAGACAAAUGAUUGUAUCAUACAGAAUGAGGACUUAGAAGCUCAAAUACCUAAAAGUACAGUCAAAUUGCAAGAAAGUGAACAUGAUUCACAACAAAACCAAAUGUAUGUUGAGUUAUUAGAUGAAGAAUUAUUAAAACCAUGUCUUCAGACACAAGAGUUAAAGGUUGUCAAAGAAAGUGCUGACAGAUAUGUUAUAGUGACUAAUGAAGAUUCAAUAUUGAACAAUCACAAUAACAUAGUCACUAAACAAAACAAUGAUGGAACUAUAUCUAUGACUGUGACAGAACCAAAAUUAGAAGUUGAAGGUUCAACAAAUUCAAAUGAAAAUGAGUCUGAAGAAAACCAAGAAGUAUACAGCUGUAACACAUGUGGAGUUUCCUUUUCUUCAGUUUUAGAUCACAUUCAAAAUUAUCACAAUGAUCAAGAUGUUGUGGUUGAGGAACCAAUAGAGGACAGCACUAAUGAUGCUGCUUUGGAAUAUGAAACUGUGGAUAGUGAUGACUUAGCUAUCAGUGAUAAACAAACUCCGAAGCGAAUGAUAACAGACACAGGUGAUAUUGUUGAAGCACCCAUUUUACUGGAAACAAGCACUGCCAUCCCGCAACAAUCCUUAGAACAAGUUGAGGUAAAAACAAUUGUUAUACCAAUAAAGGAGGAUGCGGAGAAACAAGACAAGUCAGCGCCUACGCAGCGAUUUGUACAAAUCGAUAAAUUUUGUGACAGCAUUGUUAAGGACAUUAAGGCUUCCGAUGAUAGAAAUAGUCAGUACCAUAAAGUUAUUAUGAAAGAAAUGCAAACAACAAUGGGCAACAAAAUAAAGGUGUACACUUGCGUAUCGUGCAAUGUUUAUGUUACGUCUUUGUCCGAUUUUAAAUCUCACCCUUGUAAAACAAUGAAAUAUCCCUGUCCACAUUGUCCAGCGGCCUACGAGAAUUCAAAAUCUCUUUGUGCACAUAUGAAAGUACAUAAAUCUAAACCAGAUCUUCAUUUUGAUGCUGUUGUAUCGUUUGAAUGCGAGAUUUGUUGUACAAUCUUCAGAACGAGUAAAUCAUUGAAACUUCACAAGCGGAUGCAUGAUCCUGUUAAGUCACGCCCGAUCGAGCCUCCGGUGGAGACAAUUGAAGGCAAUGCAGCCAGUGAAGAUAAAUACAUAUGCCCGAUAUGUUUCAAAUUAAUACCGGAAGACUAUCGCAACAUACACGAGAAUUCGCACAACAAUAGCAACAAAAUGAACUGCGACAUUUGUAACAAGAAGUUUCACUCUAAGGAGUAUCUAAAGAUGCACAUGAGUGUACAUAAUAUGGAUAAGGUAGUGAUUGGGAAACAAGAUAAAUCUCUUCCUUACACGUGUUCAUAUUGUAAUAGAAAAUUCGCAAGGCCACAUGAAAAAGUCAAACACGAAAGGAUACAUACAGGUGAAAAACCACAUACAUGCGAGAUUUGCGGGAAAGCUUUCCGUGUGUCAUACUGCCUCACACUUCACAUGCGUACGCACACGGGCGCACGUCCGUACGCCUGUUCGCAUUGUGGUAAAAGAUUUAAAGCGCACAGCGUCUACAAUCAUCACCUCCUUACGCACUCUGAGGUGCGUGCCUACAAAUGCCCUUACUGCCCAAAGGCUUUCAAAACAUCAGUGCAACUCGCCGGUCACAAAAACUCACACACGAAGCCUUUCUCUUGCCAGCAGUGUAACAGGCCGUUCGCGUCGUUGUACGCAGUACGAGUGCACACCGAAAUCCACUCGCGGCAGAACAGCCUCAAGUUUUCGUGCUCGCUAUGUGGCGCAAGUUACGCGCGCGCUUUCGCGCUCAAGGAUCACAUAAAGCAAGCGCACAAAGAUGCCACCGAGGAGAGCUUGGCCGACUUCAAAGACGAGGAAUGGAAUUCACGCGAUGACAAUGCAGAGGAAGCAGAAAUGACCGCUCUUGACAAAGAUUUACCACAUGUGAUAACCACAAUGGAAACAAAUUCAAACGAGAUGAUUAUUCCUUAG